AUGGAAGAUGAAGAAGCUGUCACCUACGCGAUGACAGGCCUCUACUACACUGAAGCCAAGGACUGGCUGGACCAUCUAGGGAAUGAUCAUGAGAGAUCCCGCUGGCCUGUUCUCAAGGCCUAUCUAGAGAACAAGUGCCGCCAGAAAUGCACAGACUCCAAGGGAGCCGGACACCAGGGCGCGCGCAGUUGCGGCAGGGCCUUGGGGGCUGGCCACCUGCGCGUAUAA